UCUCUAUUGACUUUCGAUGUAGUUUCAGUUUGACUGUUUUAAUUGUGUUUAUAUGACAUUUAAACCUUGUUGAAUGUAAUAUUGUAUGCCUAACUUGUCGGCAAUGCGACAUCUAUUCACUUUGUUCGAGUUGAAUGAUCACUGACAUUGGCUAACCGACUGACUAGCUUUGAUAUGUAAAGCUUACCACAUCUGGCGUAAUGUGCAGACUGGUUCUCGUAUGUCGUGAAUCAUGAUCUUCCAUGAUUGAGUCAUGGCUCCAUUGAUAUAAAAAUGGUUGUAAGGACUCCACUUACAUUUUAUUUUUAGUUGCCUUUAUUUUAGGAGAUGAUCUUCCAUGAAAUCAUGGUUCCAUUGAUGUAGCAAUGUUUAUACAUGACUAAACUGAUGAAGAUGGAACCUACAAAUUUUCAAUUUAGUCUACUUCAACUCACAGAUAUUAAGAUUCUCUCUAUUUCAGCCUUGCAAUUAUUCAAAAUGGGUCCAUAUACACCGUCUACCUCCACUUACGGGAGACCCUGCCUGUAACAGAUUGUGGAUUGUAGAUAAUGAGUUUUUUUUUUUUUCUUUUGAAAAAUAAUGUCAUUUUUCAAUUGAUUCUUUGAGGUCGGGUUAGAAAUCAUGUGAGAUUUAGCUUUUAAUUGUAUUCUACAUUAUUUAGAACGAUUUUGUUGUGUUUUCCUGCUCUCGUGGACCAUUCCUCCCUUGAACAUCAGUUGUUAAUUACUACAUAUCAUGUCAUUAGAAGAUUCAGUAUGUUUUUGCAGAUGUAUGAAAGGAAUGGAAGAACUACCCUAAUCUUUUCAUUUUGAAUACAGGCAAACACACCCAGAAGUGACCGUUCUAGAUCCUCCGGAUGCAAUACAGCAUUUACACAGUCGCCAAUCUAUGCUCCAGGCUGUUGCUGACAUGCAAUUAUCUGAAUCCUAUGGUAGAGUAGAUGUUCCAAAACAAUUAGUCAUAAAGAAAGAUGCAUCAACCAUUUCUGAUGGAGUGGUGAAGGUCGGGCUAAAUCUUCCUCUUGUUGCUAAACCGUUGGUUGCUGAUGGAAGUGAAAAAUCCCAUCAAUUAUCUUUAGCUUAUGAUAAGUACUCCCUCCAAAAGCUUGAGCCUCCUCUUGUUCUCCAGGAGUUUGUCAACCAUGGAGGCGUCAUGUUUAAGGUCUUCAUCGUCGGUGAAGCUAUAAAAGUGGUCAGACGUUUUUCUUUACCAAAUGUCAGCAUGAGGGAGGUAUUGAAAAAUGCUGGCAUCUACCGUUUCCCAAGAGUUUCUCAUGCUGCAGCAUCUGCUGAUGAUGCUGAUCUUGAUCCUCAUGUUGCUGAACUUCCUCCUCGACCUCUAUUAGAGAGACUAGCAAAGGAACUCAGGCGUAGACUGGGGCUUCGUUUAUUCAACCUCGAUAUUAUUCGAGAGUAUGGAACUAGAGAUCAAUAUUAUGUCAUUGAUAUCAACUACUUCCCUGGGUAUGGGAAAAUGCCGGAAUAUGAACACAUAUUCACAGAUUUCCUGUUGGGCCUGGUGCACAGCAAGUACAAGAAGAGAACAACUUACUAAGAAAUUCUUUGAUACUCGUACGGUCAUUCAUGUUCAGUACUUCCCAGAUUAUAUCAACCAAAUCUCCAGAAUAAACGCGCAAGGGCCAUUCGAGGAACUCGUACAAUCUUUACUUGGCUGAAGGACGGGAGAGGUGUAGUCGGUGCAUUCGUGCAAAAUUGAUUACCUAAAUCUCUGCCCUUCGGUUUUUAGCCAUUAUCUAAUGUGUUAUGCUCGCUCACAAAGUUGACGAGUUUGCAGUUUGGAAGGUGUGUGAAAAUAUGCCUUUUUUACUUGCAUCAAUUAACUCAAAUUUGAACUAAUUUCCUCUGGGGCCCCUGCUGCUGCUUUUGUUGGUAGUUUUGGUAGAAUGACUGUAAAUAUUUCUGGGGUAAAUAAUGGAUUUAGUGUCAAGGAUGGAAUGUAAAUUUUGUUUUGGAACUAAUUAACCGCUUAUAAGUUAUAACAUCUUUCUUCCCAUCAA